GCUGGAUUGGCCGCUGCUGUUAGGCUCUCCGAGGAUCCAUCAGUCAGCGUCGCAGUGCUCGAAGCGGGUCUUUGGAGGCCUGAAGAUCCGAAGGUGCGUGCAGGCCUCUGGCGAUAUACCACAACACUACGACUUGCUCACUCGAGACUUGCACUCUCCUUUCGCCCGCAGAUCGACUACCCCAUCAUGAUGGCUCAAGUUUUCGGUGACAAGAACUAUGACUGGUGCAUCAAGACCGUGCCGCAGACAAAUGCCAAUAAUAGACAGGUCGAUUGGCCAAGAGGCAAAGUGCUGGGUGGUUCUUCGGCUCUGAAUUUUAUGGUCUUUCAACGUGGACACAAGCGCGAAUUGUGAGUGGAGCGCGCCAUCUCCUGCAAGACGGAUGUCUAAGCAGUGCGCGAUCUUAUGUACAUGCCUUGCGACGACAGCGACGACAUCGAGAGCAUCGGCAACCCUGGAUGGGGCUGGGAUGCCAUGCUUCCCUUUUACAAGAAGACGGUCAACCACGCAGCUCCAGUCCACCUGCCCGACCCACAUCUUGCAUACUUGGACGACGAUGCGGCCAAUGGCGGAGGACCCAUUAAUGUGAGCACCUGACCUGGCGUUCGCCCUUCCAUCUGCUGAGGCCGACGGCGAUAUUUCGUCCUCGCUAGACUUCCUUCUCGUGCUGGUAUGCCGAGCCUCACAAAUUGUGGAUUCAAGCCUUGCAAAGACUUGGCUUGCAAGGUGAGUUUUUGCGCACCCUGAGUAAUGCAAAUCGCAGUCUCAGACCAUCACCUUCAAUGCCUUCAAUCCAGCGAACAAGAGCUCCCAGGCAGGCGCCAAUGCCGGUCUUUGGGCAAGCUCUGGAUCGAUUGAUGCCAAUACCGGCAAGCGAAGCUAUGCCGCCAAUGUGCGUACAGUCGUAAAAAUUUCAAGCCCGCUGCUUGAGUAGAGACUGAUGUUUUGUCCAGCCAAUUCUACAUCAGUCCUACUAUGCUCCGGUGGCCAGCUCUCGUACGAAUCUCAAAGUCCUCUGCGGAGCUCUCGCCACUCGCAUUACUCUGUCCGAUGAUGCGGAGAAGCCAACAGCCGAAGGAGUCGAUUUCGUCAUGGAAGAUGCGACCACGAAGAAGCUUACUGUACGUGCGAGCAAGGAGGUCAUUCUGAGCGCCGGAACGAUCAAGACUCCCCAACUUCUCGAGCUGUCUGGCAUUGGACGAAAGGAAGUGUUGGAGAAAGCUGGCAUCAAACAGCGUGUGGAUCUGCCUGGGGUUGGCGAAAAUUUGAGCGAGCACAUCUACCUUGGCUGCGCCUACGAGGUACAAGACGGCACUGUGACUUGGGACAAGAUGCGCGAUGCCGAAUUUGCGGCUCAGCAGAUGCAACUCUAGUGAGCCACAGCGAUUUGCGGUGAUUCCUUGUCACUUGUAGCUGAUUCGCCGAGAUUUCACGCGAAACCCAGCACGGGCAAAGGACCAGACAAAGGUCUGAUCGGAUCGUUCGUGAGCGGCUUUGCCUACUUCAACUUGCAAAACUACCUCUCUCCCGAGGAUCAGAAGCUCGUGCAUCAACAGAUCGAUGAGACCGACCAGACUGGUUGGAGCAGCGGCAUGAAGGAGCUUCACGCUUUGCAGAAGAAGCGAUACGACGAUCAGACGGUGCCGGCAAUGGAGCAAAUGUUUGCCCCUGGAUUCUUUGCUCACAGCGGACCACCAAAGGAGGACAAGUCCUACUUCACUCUCCUCAGCGCUCUUCAGCACCCUUGGAGUCGUGGAAGCAUUCAUGUCAAGUCAAGUGAUCCUUUUGCUCAUCCGGACGUUGACCCUCGAUACUUUUCUAGCAAGGCGGACCUGACCAUCCUCAGCAAAGCUCUGGCUUGGAACGACAAAGUCGUCAGCCAAGAGCCUUUGAAGGAGGUGGUCAAUGUGAGGCAGGAGCCCAAGCCCGAGUUGGUAAAUGAGAAGCACGAGGAUUGGGAGAAUGUGAGUGAGAUGCGCUUGGACUGCGCACGAAAUCUCGGACUGCGAGCCGCUGACACUCUUUUGGACGUUUUUGCAGGCGGUCAAGGGUUCAUUCCAGACGACCUAUCACCAUCUCGGUACCGCGUCCAUGAUGCCUCGCGAGAAGGUGAGUGGUGCGUCCUUUCGGUUGGGCGCCGUGAGCAUCCCCUGAGCGCUCUUUCGCAUUCGUAAUCUAGGGC